GCACUCUGCAGGAUUAUACUGUAGAAAACUAAAUACCUGAACCUAGUUGCAUAAUUUGUAAAUUUUAUAUUUAAGUAAUAUUUCUAUAGAAACUAGUCUCAAUUCAUUGUCAUCAUGGGUCAGUUAUCCAUUGUAGCAAAGCUAGGGUAUGGAGUUGGACAUGUUCUCAAUGAUCUCUGCUCCAGUCUCUGGUUCACAUACCUGCUCAUCUUCCUCAACAAAGUUGAACGCAUUCCCAAUACCUUGGCAGGUGUGGUGCUGCUCGUUGGCCAGGUUGCAGAUGGCAUAUCCACACCCUUUGUGGGAACUCAGGCAGACCGCACUGAUGACACAGUCUUCUGCAUUAAAUAUGGCCGCAGAAAAACGUGGCAUCUGGCAGGGACAAUAUUUGUGACCAUAGCCUUCCCCUUCAUCUUCAUGGGGUGCCUUGGUUGUGCUCUCUCUGAAGCUGCAUUACAGGUGCUGUACCUUGCCCCGUUUGUGGUUAUUUUCCAAUUUGGCUGGGCGGCUGUACAGAUCAGUCACCUCGCCCUCAUUCCUGCGCUCACCAGUGAGCCUCAUGAGAGGACGGAGCUCAAUGCCAUCAGGUACGCAUUUACGGUGUUCUCUAACAUCACCGUGUACCUGAUCACGUGGCUGGUGCUGGGGGUGCAGUCUGGCCAUCAGAGAGAGGACAUUAUUGGCCCCAAUGAUGCCACUACAUUCAAGAUUGUCGUGGCCUCAGUCGUGUGCUUGGGCUUACUGUUCUCGUUGGUUUUCCACAUGACGGUGAAAGAAAACAACCACCAGUCACCUUAUGCUUCAAUUAUUUCUGAUGAUAUUGAUGAAGAAGGAGACAAUUCUCUUCAGUCAGCUUCAGUGCAGUCUGCAUCAUCAGCCAGCUCCUACCACUCCCAGCACUAUGCCUCAUCCGUGUCCCGCAUGUUACCCUCUGACUGGUUCAAGAAGAAGCAGUUCUACCUGGUUGCUGUGCUCUACAUGUGCACGCGUCUCUUCUGCAACCUGACUCAAGCCUACGUGCCCAUAUACCUGCAAGACACCCUCGAGCUGUCCCCUCAGAGCGUCGCCUACAUCCCCCUCACCAUGUAUGUCUCGGGCUUCAUCACCACCACCAUCGCCAUCAAGCCAAUCAAUGUCAAGUUUGGUCGUAAGGUCUCCUACGCACUGGGGUCGCUGCUGGGGGCCGGCGGCUGCGUCUGGAUCUUCUUCGGCUCAGGGGAGCUGUACUGCCAGUAUCUGGUGUACCCUGUGGCGGUGCUGCUGGGGGCAGGAGGCUCCACGAUGUUAGUCACGUCCCUCAGCAUCACCGCCGACCUCAUUGGCAACAACAUCGAGUCCGGGGCUUUCGUCUAUGGAGCCAUGAGUUUCACCGACAAACUCUCUAAUGGCAUCGCUAUUAUGGUCAUCCAGUACUUCUCGCCCUAUAGCCCGAUCUGCAAGCACUGCAUAGAGUACUACCGCUACAUCCUGGCGUUCGUGGGUGGCGGUACAUGCGUUGCUGGGGCGCUCUCCGUGCUACUCCUCGUCACCACCAUCAUCAAGAGAGCACCACAGUCUGGGCUGUCAACGACCAGCAGCGGGGGGCUUAACGAAAGGAUAUGCCCAGACGACGGUGCUUCGUCUAAUCUCUUGCUACCUGCUGGUGAAGAUGACUCAGACACCGCGGAACACCACACCUACCUUGGGCCAGCUUUGUCAGCAUCAACUACUGAGGCAUAAAUACUUCUGCAUCAUCCCUACACUGCUGCAGCAACGGCGCGAGUUCAACGCAGGCCUAAUAUGGGCAUGAGUUUCGUGGUUCAACAGAAACUGCCAUGUAGGGCAAUUUUUCCUAGUACCUGGCUUUUUGUGGUGAUUCUUCCCUUUCUAGGCAUUGGUGGAGACGAGGCUUUUCGACAAGAAAACAUGUUUUACUUGUACUUGUGUUCUGCUCAAAAUUUAAACUCUUGUGUUCUGCUCAAAAUGAAGCUCACUGAGCCUCGACAAGUCUAGAGAAUUACCUAAUAAUUUCUAAGCCGUGUUCCAUUAUUGUAAGUGGGUAUUGCAAGAACGGUGGUGCCCUUUACGUUGAAGUUUGAAUUGAGUACUGGCUUCAGCUAGUCAGAAGAAGGUUGUUAGGCUGACAAACAUAAUCAAAAUAAUAUUCUGAAGCAAUAUGAUAAAAAUUAACACUCUAUUCUUUCUCGCCGCUCUGUCUGAAACGGCUCAGUCUAUAAAUUAUUCCUAUUUAUUCAACUGACGUGCGUAAAACAUUUGCUCAAUGGAAGACUCGUGUAAAAAAGAAUUAAGAUUGAUUCAUUCUUGUCAUUCAUAAUUUACACAUAUGAUUCCAUCAGGUAUUGAUGAGCCUGUCAUUUUAAAAUGAUAGAGCAAUGUCUGAGAUUACACAUGUGCUCGGAUGAUUCAUGUUACAGUUGUUUUCAUAUAUGUUACGUAAGCGAAUCCUGUUGAAAUACUCAUACACUGGACCUGCUGAACCAUUUGAUGGCGCUGCGCUUGUUUUGCAGAGAAAAAAAGUAUGAGUCUCAUUCCUUUAACAAAUAAGAACCAAAGAUUUGUUUCGUGUUGUGUAAAUACUAAUUUAAGUCUAUAUGGAACCCGUUGUCUAUAUCAUAUAUUUAUUAGACUAUAAGCAUCAUCUGCGUGCUUCUGUAUAAUCCUGCGCGCUACAGCGUGGAUACCAAGACGAUUUGGGUCAUUCCUUCGUGGGUUGUUUUUAUGCUAAGAUCAGUGCCGUAUCUUAAUUCAUAUGAGGCGUCACUUUGCUAGUUUUUACUAACAUUGAUUACGUUUUCAUACGAAUGAACACUUUAUUAGAAUAAGAUAUUUUUAAUGUCGAAAAUUUAUAUUUAUGAUGUUGGCUGUUAUGUUGGUCUGUUUAAAUGUUUGAUUUAUUUCCUAGGUUUCAUUACUUUUUAGUUAUUGUCUUCUGAAUUGCACAAGUUGAAAUCUUUCCGCCCAGUGAGUAGCACAAAAACUGUUAUUGCUGUUCAAAGGAUGAAAUCGCGCCACUGAGCGGUUCAAGAUUUCAUUGCUUAGCCUGUACUGCUCAAUCGUUCCGAAAUAUUUAGGUUCACGAUGUAGUGAGCUGUUAAUGCAUUCACGACUGCUGGGCACUAUUGUAACUCGCUGAAUCUUGCGACUAGCUUAUAGAAAAUUGGCGUGUAUGAUAAUACUUGGCGUAGAUGCAUUAUGUGAUGCUAAUGUUGAAAAUCUAUGUGUUUCAUUAGGAACUUCAACUCCUCCUGGGGGACUUCUGACACGUGUCUGUGCUCGUUAGAAGUCCUGCACGUCUCAGUUGUGGGGUUAAGUUAUUAUGCAGGAAGGAUUCCUUACAUUAU